UAUAUUUGCCUUUUGUUUUGGUUGAUAGAAAAUAAUUAUCAAGAAUAUCAGUAUGCUAAUUUUCUUUAUUGGGCUGGACCCCUUCUUAACAUUCACAGACACUUGCCAAUGUUGGGCUGUUGCACCAAACAAACCCCAAUAUUUGGGAUCAUCAUCAGUGUGUUAAUUUUCUUCACUCGCUACUACAUUCUCCACCGUUGAUUUGUCCGUCGCCGGUGUCAGAUGAUAUCAGGUUUGAUUGACGAGCCUCCCAUCUAUAUAUAUACAAACAAACACGCCUGUGUAUCUAUAUACAUAUAUAUUCGAUUAUAAUCUGAAAUUUUUAAGGGUCCUCUAGGUGUUUGUUAAAAUGUCUAACCCAAAAAUUCGAUACCUCCCUUUUUUGGAACAAGUAUUCUGUUUUGAAUUAGUGUUUAGUAUGUAAUACCCACUCUAGAACGAGUGUUUGCAUUGCAAUCAAGCUUUGAGCUUUGUCAUGUGUUGAUAAAAUCUGUUCAUUUUUGGGGAGAUAGUCAGUAAUGGGAACAAAGACAAUGAUCAAAUGGCCGAAACAAAUCACAGUAACUCUAGUCGAGCAGCUGAUUCGAGCAGAAAAAGACUUACAGAAAGCAAUUGUCAUAUUUGAUGCUGCAACAGGGGAGUACACUAAUGGGUUUCAGCAUGAUCACAGCACUUUUGGUGUCAUGAUUUCCAGAUUCGUCUCUGCUAACCAAUUCAGAGCAGCCGAGGAUUUGCUGAAUAGGAUGAAGAAUGAAAAAUGUAGCAUUACGGAGGAUAUAUUUCUUUCAAUCUGUAGAGGGUAUGGUCGGGUUCACAGACCGCUAGAGGCGAUUAGAAUUUUCCAAAAGAUGAAGGAAUAUGAAAGUCAACCGACCCAGAAAUCUUACAUUACUGUCUUUGCGAUUCUUGUUGGCGAAAACCAGUUAAAGAUGGCUUUAAGGUUUUAUCGGUAUAUGAGAGAAAUGGGUAUUCCUCCAAGUGUUGCUUCACUCAAUGUUUUGAUUAAAGCCCUUUGCAAGAACAAUGGUACGAUGGAUGCUGCUCUUCGGAUUUUUCGCGAGAUGCCUAAUCGUGGGUGUAUUCCAGAUUCAUACACAUAUGGUACUUUGAUUAAUGGGUUGUGUAGGUUUGGGAAGAUUGUUGAGGCAAAGGAGCUUUUCACGGAGAUGGAUACUAAAGGUUGUUCACCUACUGUUGUUACAUACACUUCACUGAUUCAUGGGUUAUGCCAAUCAAAUAAUUUGGAUGAGGCUAUGGGAAUGCUUGAUGAGAUGAAGAGAAAAGGUAUUGAGCCCAAUGUGUUUACUUACAGCUCUCUCAUGGACGGACUUGGCAAGGGUGGACGUACUUCACAAGCCAUGGAACUAUUGGAAAUAAUGGUUAGCAAACGACAUAAGCCCAACAUGAUAACAUACAGUACUUUAAUUCACGGACUCUGUAAAGAGGGAAAGCUUCGAGAAGCUUUGGAGAUUCUUGAUAGGAUGAAACUCCAGGGAUUGAAACCAGACGCGGGAUUGUACUGGAAAAUCAUAAAUGGGUUUUGUGAUAUUCACAAGUUCAAGGAAGCUGCAAACUUCCUUGAUGAGAUGGUUCUUGAGGGGAUUUCACCAAAUCGAGUAACAUGGAGCCUUCAUGUUAAAAUUCACAACGCUGUAGUCCAAGGCCUUUUAAUUGAAAAUGACCCAAAUCGAGCUUUUCACUUGUAUCUAAGUAUGCGCGCUAGGGGACUUUCUGUUGAGGCCAAAACUUUUGAAUCUCUUGUUGAUUGUUUCUGUAAGAAAGGAGAUAUACAUAAAGCUGCUCGGAUUGUUGACGAAAUGGUUCUUGAUGGAUGUAUCCCCAACGAGGGAACAUGGAUUGCCAUGGUAAGUGGAUUUUGGGAUCGAAGGAAGGUGAGGGAAGCUGCUAAGUUGGUACAUAUUGAACUGAUGGACGCAUUUUUUGGGGCUGGAAUAUAAACCUUCGACCGAGUUUUAGCAUCAGUAAUUACCAUGGGUUCUAAGUGAUCCACAAAAAGAGAGCAAUAUAUGAUCAGUAUGAUGAAGAAGUUCUCAAAGGCCAAGUGCCACCACCCAAUGUCGGAGGACUCGGUGGUCACGGCAGCACAACAUUCUUCCAAACGGGAGAUGGUCCAACAGUGUUUAGAUUUAAUCAUCGAAACGCAAAUGACAUUUUUGCCGAGUUUUUUGGGAAUUCAAGCCCAUUUGGAGGAAUGAGAGGUGUUGGUGGCAUGAGAGGAGGUUCAAGGUUUGGUGGUGGUGGUGGAAUGUUUGGAGAUGACAUUUUUACUUCAUUUGGGGAUGGCAGAACGAUGAGUUCUGCCCCUUGGAAGCUGGCUCUGAUUGAAAAUACAUUGCCUUGUAGCCUUGAAGAACUAUAUAAGGGGACAACAAAGAAGAUGAAAAUUUCAAGGGAAAUUACAGAUGCCAGUGGGCAAAUAGUUGUGUUCAUCAUUGUGAUUUUUUUCUCUAUGUUUGGUGUUAACUGAUUUGCUUUUAAUCAUUUAAGUGAUGUUGAUUCAAUUACCGGUUUUAACUAUUUGAAGGAAGGAACAACUUUGAUAAUCACUCAUGUUAUUUAGUAUAUUUUUGGAAUUGUUUAUUUGAAUAGGUUUACUAUUAUUUGCUUUU